AUGCCCGUCGCGCUCCCGCUCGCCCUCCCACCACCCCAGCGCGCCCCUGUCCCCGCUCCCUCACAUGCCGCGCUGCCGCCCCGCGCCUCCCACGCGGCGCCUCUUCUCCGCCAGCCCACGCUGCCUACUCGCGCCGCGCCCCUCUUGCGCCCUCCUUCCCCCUCCAUUCCGCGCGUGUCCGCCACGUCGUCCUCCGCCGCCCACGCAAGCGCGCGGAUUGGACCCGUGGAGUCCAGUCGCCAAUUAGACCGUUUAGGGGCGCCCUCGCCGCGUCGCAUGCCGAGCGGCGCGUCACUCUCCCCCUUCCCCGCCUCCUCCGCUGCCCGUCUCAGCAGCUCCAGCAGCGCGUGGCUUUCAGGCUCCUCCAGCGCGCGCCCACUUCCCGCGCGCACCUCAACUCCACCACUCGCGCCCUCCCCCUUCACCCGCCAUUCCGCGCUCCUCCUUCCGCGCCCCGCCGUUGCACCCAACGGCCGCGGCGGAGGGCGCAGGGGCAAUGGGCGCGUGGUCCCCUCUUCCCGCUCCCAAAGGACCCCCGCUGCGUCUGACCCGUCCCGCCGGGGAGCCGCAGCGUCCCCCGCCCCCCCAUCCCCCGCGGCUGCAGCACCCCCCAACCCCACCCCCACCCCGCCCCUGGCGGCCACGAGGCGGCGGCGGCGGCGCGAGCGGGGCGUGGGGUGGCGGCGGGUGGCGUGGGCGCUGGCAGCGGCGCUGCUGUGGGGCGGGGGGGCGUACGCGCAGCAGAGGGCGCGGCAGUACGUGCAGGCGCGCGUGCUGCCCGUGGUGGAGGCGGCAGCGAGUGCACAGGCAGGCAGGCAGGUGGCAGUGGGGCGCGUGCAGCAGCUGCUGCCGUGGGCUGUGAGCGUGGGACCUGUGACCAUCGGCCCUGCUGCCUCUGAGUUCUCGUGCGCCCAUGCAGACGCCGUGCAAGUGCGGCCCCCCUCGCUCCCCUCUCCCUUCUCUACCGCCCGCCCCCCUCAGCUGCACCCGGUGGCGUCGGUGGCGCAGGGGCGGGUGGUGGUGGGGGCGCAGGUGCAGCGCGCCACAGUGGUGGUGGCUCAGCAGCCCGACUGGACGUGGCUCGGCAUCCCCGCAGACAUGGACGCCCCCGCCUCCCCCUCCUCCUCCAUCCCUCCUCUCUCCGCCCGAGCCUCCCUGCAACGCCAGGCUCGGGACGCAGCCUCGGUGGCAGCAGCGGAGGAAAGGGACAGGCUGGCACUGCGAGGGGCACAGAUUGAGUACCGAGGGGAGGGGGGCGCGCAGGGACUGGGGGGGAGGGGAGGGGAGGGCGAGGCGGGUGCCAAGGGGGAAGGGAGAGUAGUUGGGGCCACGGAGGUGGGUGGGGGUGGGCCGAGGGUCGAGUGGGAGUGGGUGGAGGAGCAGCAGCGGGCGGCGGAGAGGGCAGUGAGCAACGUGCUGCGAGCAGCAGUGGUGGCGCUGGGGUGGCACGGGUACGACCAGCACCCCCUCUCCGCCACUGCUCCAGCCCCCAGUGCCCCGCCCUCAACACCCUCUGCACCCCCCACGCCCCCUCUCUCUGCCCAGGAGCACCUGCUCUCCCUCUCUGCAUCGGCGGCCCUGGCCCACCUCUCCUCCCUGCCGCCCCACCUCAUGCCCCCCCCACGCCCGCCCCCUGCCCCCGCCCCAAUGCCCACACAGCACAGUGGGGGCAGUGGGAGCGAAGGGGGUGGGGGCCGGGGAUGGAGCGGUGAUGGCACGGUGGGAGGGGAGAGGAUGGCUCGUGAGAGUGGCAAGGGGCGGGAAGGUCACAUGGCGGGCGGUGAGGGGCGGUCGGGGCACAUGGAGAGUGGGGGUGUUAGUGUGGGAGCGAAUGGUGAUGGGCUUUCGAGGAGGGGAGGAGACGGUAGCAUGAGCACGGAAGGCGACAGAUGUGCAGGCGAGGGGGAGGGCAGCGAGUCGGCGCUGAGAGAUGCUCUGGCGCUCGCCAUCCGGCAACGCAUGGCUGCCCCGGUGGGGAUGGGGCUCGUGGAGGGGCAGGUGGCAGGGCAGGUGGGGGGUCAGGUGGGGGGCCGGGGCGAGAGAAUAGGAGUGGAUGUGGAGCAAGAGGUGGAGGGGAGAGGGAGUGGAACGAGAGAGGUGGUGGAGGCACAAGGGGCGUGGGGCGGAGCAGCAAGGAGGGAGGAGGCUACAGACAGGGGGCUUGCCUCAUGCACUGCUGGUGCUGCCACUGGCCGUGCCACGGCCCUUCCUCUUGCUGCUGGCCGUCCUUCCCCCGCGCAGCAGCAGCAGGCGCAGGCACAGCAGCACAGCGGGCAGGCACCGCCACAAGUGAGCGCGGCGGAUUCACAGCAGUGGCAGCAGGAGCAGAGGCAGCAGCAGGCAGAGGUGGCGGUACCGGUGGAGCGGGCACCUCAGAGUGCAGCUGAGCCCCUGCAGCCCCUGCCAUCGCCCGCCCGCAUGUCGAAGGCAGGGUUGCCGGCGCCUGUGUGUGCGCGUGAGUGGGCACUGCGCAAGCUGCACCCAGCAUAUGGGCGAGGGGGGGCAGAGGCGCAGGGGGGGAGAGGAGAUGGCAGCGAGGGGAGGGAGAAGGAAACUCAUGGCAGAGGGGGAAGGGCUGCUCAUGAUGAAGGCACUGCAGCACCAUCAGCAGCAGCAGUGGCGGGUGAAGGAGGGGGAAGUGGAGGGAGGCAGGGCGAGGAGGCAGCAGAGGGAGGUGGAGGACGGUUGGUGCCGUGCAUGGAGGGAGUGAGGGUGCAUGGCGGCACCCUCAUGCUCCUCGCUUACGGCGACCAGGAGCCACGGGUGGUGGAGCACAUAGACGCGCAUGUGACCUUCCCCGCGCUGCCCCACUCGUACAAGCGCAUCAAGGUCGACGCCCACGGCUCCCUCCGCCCCUCCCACAACUUCUCCCCUGCCCCCUCGCCCACCACCCCUUCCCCCACCACCACGGCCUCUUCUUCUUCCUCCUCCUCCUCCUCCUCGUCCCCCCAGCCCCCCGGUAGCAGUGGCAAAAGCAAGCGCUUCUCCUCGCCUUUCCACAUGAUGCCUGGCGGUGCAGCGGCAGGGCGGAAGGAGGCGGAGGGGGGAGCAGAGGGGGGAGCACGUGACGGGGGAGGCGGGCUGCUGCGAGUGGCCGUGGAUGUGGACGAGGACAAGCACGAGUGGGCUGUCACUGUCACCGCACACAACCUCUUUGCACCUGUGAUGGAGCGGCUGCUGGAGAUCCCCUUGGAUUGGUACGGCGGGAGGGCCGACGGGCAGGUGCAGCUGUGGAUGGGCGCGGGGGAUUCAUUCCCCAACUUCAAGGGCAGGGUGAACAUCAGAGACCUCGCCUUCCAAAUCUGGGAGUCCCCCUGUGCGUUCACUGGAGUGAGCGGGGCGGUGGUGCUGGAGGGGCAACGGCUGUUCCUGCACGGGGUGGAGGGGCGGUACGGCCACGUGCCACUGAGGGCGUCGGGGGACAUGGACCUCAACCAGGGCGCCGGGGGGCAGUACCGCAUCACAGCCCAGGUUCAACCGGUGGAGGCGAAUCUGCUGAUGAAGACGCUCAACGCUAAGCCCCUGCCGUACCCGCUGGCAGGGAGCCUGCAGGGACUGCUCUUCUGCCGCGGGCCUCUCGAUGCGCCGAUCUUUGAAGGCACUGCUGAGCUGGCAGCAGAGCCUGCUGACGUGGAUGCAGCCGUUGCUGCGGUGGCGGGGUCGGAUGCAGCGGGGGCGGUGGAGGCGUGGCGGGGGGAGGGGGCGGUGGGGGCGUAUGACCGCGUGCCUGUCACGGCGGCCACGGCCAACUUCACCUUCAACACGGAUGACUGUGUGAGUGAUGUGAUGCCGGGCAUGGGUGCAAUGCACAUGCUGCAUUUGAUGCAUGGAUGGGCGUUGAGUCAUAAGGGAGACCAUGUUGGCAAGCAACAACCUUUCAUUCAUUACGACUACCAUGUGGCGGAGCUGCAUGGGGUGCGGGCGGUGCCAGUGGGAGGGGGGGAGAUCCGAGGGGCGGGGACGCUGUGGGUGUGCCCUCAGGCAGAGGCGGAUCCAUCGGCAGUGAGUGUGGACUGCUGGGUGGCGGGGGUGUCGCUGGACCGCCUGCUCGCAUUCUACCUGCCGCCCGCCACCGCUGCACCACCCUCGCUGCUUGGCCUCGCCUCAGGCGAGGCUUUUUUCAGAGGCUCCCUGCUCUCCCCCACGGUGGAGGCGGCAUGGAAGGCACCGCAGGCGAGGGGCCCAUUGGAGGGGAUGAGGGGGGAGCUGCCCCCUUUGCCUCCGCGCCCGCGCGUGGAGCGUGUGGAGGCUGAGGCGCGCCUGAGGGCCUUCGACGCCCUCGCGCUGCUGCCCGCCGCCCCCGUGCCCGUGCCGCCCCCGCAGCCCUCCCUGCGGCACCUGCGGCUGUCGGGGCGCUUCAAGCUCUCUGCACGCGUGCCGUGGGGCAGUGAGGUGCAGCCAGGGGCGGUGGACGAGGCAGGGGGGGGAGGAGGCGCGAGGCAGGAGGCAGAGGCGGGGCUGGCAGGGCUGGAGGGGAGUGUGCUCAUUCAGGGGCUGAAGCUCAACCAGCUGCUGCUGGGGGCCAACCUGUCAGGCGCCGUGGCUGUGAGUCCCCACGGCUUCAACCUGCACACCGUGGGCCGUGGCGAUGAGCAGCUCAUGCUGCAACUCUCAGCCAAUGGCGUGCUGCCACCUGUCCCUACAAUCCCCCAUGCCUCGUCGUCCUACAUGCAACAGGCGCAGGCCUCCGAGGCGGCCUUCCCGCUCUUCGAUGUGGGAGCAGCGGCACCAGCAGCAGGCAGCGCGGGCGGCGGUUUAGGGGGUGUAGCGGGGGGAGCGGUGCGGGUGCAGCGGGGGCAGAUGAGUGUGGAGGGGCAUGUGCGGGUGGGGGCAACAGCAGCACUGGAGGUGAGGGCGCUGCCGCUGGACGAGUUGGAGCUGGCGUCGCUGCGCGGGCUGGUGGAGCGUGCUGCCGUGCGCCUCAACUUUGCCAAGCGCCGCGGCCACGGCUCACUGGCAGUGCGACGCCCUCGCUUCAGCGGCAUGCUCUGUGAUGCCCUUCAUGCUGCCUUCCGCUGGACCGGCGACGUGGUGACUCUGGAGCGGUCGGUGCUGGAGCAGGCAAACAGCCGGUACGAGGUGCAGGGGGAGUAUGUGCUGCCGGGGAUGAGGGAGUGGGACAGGGAGCGCGACAGGGACAGAACCACCUCCUCCCACUCAGCCUCCACGCCCACCCCCGAUGCUGCUGCCACUGCGGCUGCCGCGGCCUCAGAGCGCGGCGCUGACAUGGAGUGGGGUGGGGGCGGGCGGCAGAGGGCGAUGCCGGGGCAGCUGCAGGCCAUGAUGACGUCCAUCGGCCGCUGGCGCUUGCGCCUCGAUGUGCCUCAUGCUGACGUCAGCGAGAUGCUGCCGGGGCUGCGCAUUCUGUCGCGCAGCCACGACCCGGCGGUGCUGCUGCGCUCCAAGGAGCUCUUCCUGCACGGCAUCGAGGAGGUUGGCUUCGCCUCCCACUCCCUGCAGCACCAGCUCGAGUAUGUGCGGGAGAAGAGGGAGCGCGAGUGGGAGCCAGCGGGUACGGACGUGGGUGGGGGGGCAGCAGCGGAGGCGCUGCCAGGGCUGGUGGACCUGCGGGGGCGCUGGCACGGCGUGCUGGAGGCGAGUGGGGGCGGCAACGGCGACACGUCAGCGUCGUUUGACGUGCAUGGCAGCGACUGGGAGGCGGGCAGGUACCAGCUGCAGCAGCUGCAGGCGCGGGGGCGGUACAGCAACACGGGGGGGCUGCAGGUGGAGCGGCUGCUGCUGCAGAAGGACGACGGCGCCACGGUGCACGCGGACGGCACUGUCUUUGGCCCCGCGCCCAGCCUGCACUUUGCGCUACUCAACUUCCCCGCCCACCUCGUCCCCACCUUCCUGCAAGCCCUCCACGCCGCGGCGCCCUCCCAGUCCUCCGCUGCUGCUGCUGCCUCUGGUGCGCCGUUCCCCCCCCCGCCCCCUGUGGGUGUGCAGCAGGCGGCAGUGAGGGGCGUGGUGCAUGUGGAGGGCGACCUGUCGGGCUCCUUCGCCCAGCCACAGUGCGACGUGCAGGUGGGUGCACACACUAAAAUGCUGCGCCUACCAGUACUCCAUUGCUCACUCUGCAUGUUCUUGCUCCACUUGCUGCCUUGUUUGUCCGUCUUUCUGAGUGGUCUGUGCUCGUCUCACCCCCCUGCUGCCUCUCCCCCCCCCCCCCCUCCCGCUCCCCUGUGGUGGCAGCUGCGGCUGCUGGACGGGGAGAUAGCGGGCGUGGCGCUGGGCAGGGCGGAGGUGGCGGCGUCGCUGACGAGGGCGUCGCGGCUGCUGUUCCACGCGGUGCUGGAGCCGGCAGUGGAGGCGGGCCAGGUGCGCAUCAAGGGCAACGUGCCGCUGCCGCCGCUGCAGGGGGGCCAUGCAGGGCAGGCGGCUCAGGCAGGGCAGGAGGUGCAGGCAGGGCUGGAGGUGCAGGGCGCAGGCAGAGACAUGGGCGGUGGGGGGAGGAUGGCAGCUUCUGGUGGAGGCAGAGUGCAGGAGAAGCGGAGGGGCAAGGCAGGCGAGAAGAAGCAGAAGGCGGGUGUGGAGGCGACACAGACGAAGGAAGGCGGCGGUGCAGCGCGGGAGAGCAGCCGGUUGUGGCAUGACUGGGACUGGCUGGACAAGGAGGGAGGGCUGUGGAGCGAGGGCAAGGGGAGUGGCGAUGGUGGCGAUGCUGAGGAGAAGGUCGAGGAGGAGGAAGAGCAGGAGGAAGAGGAGGAGGAGGAGGGGGAAGGGGAAGGGGAUGGCGCGCAGAAGGGGCCGGAGCUGCUGCGCAGUCUGGUGGAGCUGGAGCGGGCGUUUGAGGGCGAGGAGCAGGCGGAGCAGAUGCAGGUGGAGGCGAGUGUGCAGGACGCCGGCAUGAUGCUGCUCACCGCGCUCUCCCCCUCCUUCCGCUGGAUCCACGGCCACGCCGCCAUCUCUGCUCAGGUGGGCCAGUCUUAUAGUGACUUCAGCAUUCUUGCUUUGACUUGUCAUUACUCUGCACCCACACGUCUCUCCCCAUGCCUCUCUCUCCCGCGCCUCUCUCCCACGGCGCUGUGCGGGCGGCAGGUGAGUGGCACGCUGGCGCGGCCAGAGGUGGCGGCGGAGGCGGUGUUCAGCCGUGUGACGGCGUCGUCCCCCGUGCUGCCGCGCCCGCUCACGGGCGGGGGGGGGCGCAUCCGCAUCGCAGCGCAGCAGCUGCUGGUGGACGGACUGGAGGGGCGCGUGGGGCGCCGCGGCACUCUGCGCGUCGAGGGCUCGCUGCCCCUCGGCCUGCCCGCACACGAGGGGGGGGGUGAGGGGGCGGAAGGGGAAGGGGAGGAGACGCUUGGUGGGUUGAGGAAGGGAAGCAAGGGGAAGAGGGGGAGUGGGAGGGAAGAGGGGGAGCAUGCAGAGGACAGCAAGGUUGGGGAGGGAAUCAGCAUCACGGCGGAGGGUCUUGAAGUGCGAGCACGCAAUGUGUUCAGUGGUCUGGUAGAUGCGGGCGUGAGUGUGAUGGGCAGCCUGGCCGCCCCUGAGGUGACAGGCUCCAUCCGGCUGUCACGUGGCAUCGCCUACCUGUCGCAGGAGAAGGACCGGGCCGACACCCCCCCCUCCCCCUCCGUGCCCUCCUCGCUGCUGCCCUCCCACCGCCGCAAGACACCUGCACUCUCUGCUGCUCCCUCCACUGCCCCUCCUGCCAAGUCAGCAGCACCUGAUUGGCUGCCGGCUAUGUCCUCCACGGCCGCGUCUUCAGCCAUGAAGCUGCCGGCGUCAGCUCCACAGCAAGAGAGCACAUCAUCGCCGCUAUCUGCCACCACUGCCACCGCCACCUCUGCUGCCACUACAGCAGUGCCGCCUGUGCCGCUGCCAGCAACCCCUGACCUUGCGUCUGCGCCAUCGGCACCGGCGGCACUGGUGCGGCUGCGGGGGCUGCAGGUGGCGCUGGGGCCGGAGCUGCGCGUGGUGUACCCGCUCAUCCUCAACCUCGCCACGCGCGGCGACCUGCACCUCAAUGGCUUCGCCGACCCGCGCCUCGUGCGCCCCUCCGGCACGCUCUUCUUUGAGAACGGCGAAGUCAACCUCGUUGCCACCCAGGUCCCACCCCCCUCUCCUGCCUCCCAUGUCCCACUCCCCCCUCCUGCCCCCUUGCCAUGUUCCCUUCUCCUGCCUACUCGCCAUGCUCCUUUCUCAUGCCCACUCGCCAACCUCCCUUCUCAUGCGCCCUCGCCAUCCUCCCUUCUCAUGCCCCCCGCCAUGCUCUUUUCUGCACCUGACCAAACUUCACCGGCCCUGCCCACACCCCCGUGCCGCAUGUUUCAUGUGCAGCUGCGGCUGAACCGCGACCACCCCAACUGUGCGCGCUUUGAGGCGGCGCUGGGCAUGGAUCCGCUGCUGGACCUGAAGCUGGUGGGGGCGGACUGGCAGAUGCGCAUCCAGGGCCCGGCCAACCGCUGGCAGGACCACGUGGUGCUCACCACGCUGCCGCGCGGCGGCGAGGAGGACGUGCUGUCGCCCGCGGAGGCGGCGCGGCUGUUUGAGAGCCAGCUGGCGGAGUCGCUGCUGGAGAAGGACGGGCAGCUGGCGCUCAAGAAGCUGGCGGCCGCCACGGUGGAGACCCUCAUGCCCAAGAUCGAGAGCCGCGGGCAGUUCGGGCAGGCGCGGUGGCGCCUGGUGAGCGCGCCGCAGAUCCCGAACCUGCUCUCGCUGGACCCCACCUCCGACCCCUUCCAGUCCCUCGCCAACCUCUCCUUCGGCGCCGAGGUGGAAAUCCAAAUCGGCAACAACCUUCAGGUGCUCACCGUGCUGUGGCAUACAUGGAUCUUACAAGCGUAUGAAAUGCAUCAUUGCAUCUGUGGUGCGGCAGCUACGCGAGAGUGA